AUGAUUCCGAUCGCUCGACACUCUGCUCUGCGAGCUGCCCGCUCGCAGAUCUACCCAACCCGCGCUCUGCGUUCGCCCGUUUCUUCGGCGCUCGCCCGCCUCCUCUCGACCCUCGCCGUUCUCGAGCAGCGUGAUGGAAAGCUGCAGAACUCCUCUCUGUCCGCAAUCGCGGCCGCUCAGAAGCUCGGUGGAUCUGUUACUGGUUUCCUUGCUGGUAGUGGUGUGAAGGGUACCUCUGCCGCCGAGGCUGCGAAGAUUAAGGGUCUGGAGAAGGUUGUUGCUGUUGAGAAUGAUGCUUAUGAGAAGGGCCUCCCCGAGAACUACGCCCCUCUUCUGGUCGAGAACAUCAAGAAGGGCGAGUACACCCACAUUGUCGCCGGCCACUCUGCCUUCGGCAAGAGCCUUCUUCCCCGAGUUGCUGCUCUUCUGGAUGUCCAGCAGGUGUCGGACAUCACCGGCAUUGAGAGCGAGGAUACCUUCGUACGCCCCAUCUACGCUGGCAACGCCAUCCUGACCGUGCAAUCGACCGACAACAUCAAGGUGAUCACCGUGCGAGGCACCGCUUUUCAGUGCGUCGAGACAGAGGGUGGAACCGCCGAGGUUGUGGACGGCGUGGACUCCAGCGCCGCCGCCCAAACUGAGUGGGUUUCCGAAGAGCUGGCCAAAUCCGAGCGUCCUGAUCUCGCUACCGCUUCCCGCGUCGUGUCCGGUGGUCGUGGUCUGAAGUCCAAGGAGGAGUUUGAUCGUAUCAUGCUCCCUCUCGCUGACUCGCUUGGUGCCGCUAUCGGUGCUUCCCGCGCUGCUGUUGACAGUGGCUUCGCGGAUAACAGUCUGCAGGUUGGUCAGACUGGUAAGAACGUUGCUCCCCAGCUGUACCUCUGCGCUGGUAUCUCUGGUGCUAUUCAGCAUCUGGCUGGUAUGAAGGAUAGCAAGGUUAUUGCUGCUAUCAACAAGGACCCCGAGGCUCCUAUCUUCCAGGUUGCUGACGUUGGUCUCGUCGGUGAUCUUUUCGAGAAGGUGCCUGAGCUUACGGAGAAGGUGAAGGGCGCUUAG